AUGGAUAGCUUCAAGGAGGACGACCAAGAAAGCCAUUUCUUUGAUGCACUCGAGCACAUCACUCAAGAACCCGAUCAGGUCUCAAAUUUCCAUCCUUUGAAAAAUUGGGAUUACAAUGUGUGGAUCAAUGUUCCCCAAAGUGUUGGGGAGAGGAGAAUUAAAUUUAUUCGAUUGAUGGGUUUGAGCCCAGAUGGGUUAGAAGGAGAAAAUCAUCAUGGUGCUUUUAUGGGAGAUGUCGAUAGAAUUAUGGAGAAAAAUGGAACUGUGCUAAGAACCUCGAGUUUCGAGUACGAGUUCUCAUCCAGCCGCUCGUCUGCAUCGAGCUGGAACACUGAUGAUUCUGACUUGUUGGUGCAAGAGAAUGUUGCCCAAUUUUGCCCCGCGUCUAAUCAAAAUCACACCGAGGGUGAAACCGAAGCUAGCUGUUACACGCCUCGAACGAGGGAUAAAUUAAAAAACAAGUGGCUAAGGAAAUGGAAAGCCAUGAUUUGUAUGAUGAAGAGUAACAGUAAGGACGAAAAUCUUAGCCGUGGGCAGGGGAGGAAGAUCAGCCGUGUGAGGGUCCGUCAUGGCAGUAGAAAGCUGAAGGAGCUUUCGGGCCUCUUCACGGGCCAAGAUAUCCAGGCUCACAAGGGGUCAAUACUGACGAUGAAGUUUAGUCUUGAUGGAUGCUAUUUAGCUAGCGCUGGUGAAGAUAUGGUUGUUAAAGUGUGGAAAGUGAUCGAGAAUGAGAGGAAUGAUGCAGUUGAUAUUCCCGAUGAUGAUCCCUCGUGUGUGUACUUUUCGAUCAACAGCCUUUCAGAAUUGGGGCCUCUUAUGGUGGAGAAAGAUAAAGGUAGUAGAUUCAAGGGUUUGAGAAAAAAUACGGAUUCGGCCUGUAUUAUCUUCCCUCCAAAGGUUUUUCGGAUUUUAGAGGAGCCGCUGCAUGUCUUUGAGGGGCACAAUGGCGAUAUAUUGGAUCUUUCGUGGUCGAAGGAUAAUUGUCUGCUUUCUUCGUCAGUUGAUAACACUGUUCGUUUGUGGAAAGUUGGAUUUGAUCAGUGCCUGAAGGUCUUCUCACAUACUGACUAUGUGACCUGUGUUCAGUUUAACCCUGCAAAUGAUGAUUACUUCAUAAGUGGUUCAAUUGAUGGGAAGGUUCGUAUAUGGACCAUCAAUGGCUGUCAAGUUGUGGACUGGGUAGAAACAAGGGAUAUAAUCACAGCUGUUUCUUAUAGACCUGAUGGGCAGAGUGGGGUUUUUGGUUCAAUUGGUGGCACAUGUUACUUCUUUAGCGCAUCAGAUAAUCAUUUCCAUUUGGAGACCCAGAUGUGCUUAAUUAAUAAGAAGUCACCGUGCAAAAGAAUAACCGGCUUUCAGUUUUUACCACAAGACCCGACCAAAGUUUUGGUGACUUGUGCUGAUGCGCACGUCAGAAUUAUAGACGGUCUGAAUGUUAUCGGAAAGUACAAAGGCUUUCGCAAGGCAGGCAACCAAAUCUCUGCCUCGUUCACGUCUGACGGGAAGCAUGUUAUCUCAGCAUCCGAAGACUCGAGCGUCUACAUAUGGAACUAUGAAGAUCAAUCGUCCAACUCACCGAAAGUGAUUAAUUCCUUCGAGUGCUUCUCGACCGAAGCCUCGAUUGCUCUACCGUGGCUCGGCUUGAAGUCUAACAUACUCCAAGAGACGAUUAACUCGCUGCCAUUCUCUUCUUCCACUCAUUUCUCUUUGACCCAAGAGUUCCUAAUGGAUGCUGGGUCAAAGGGGACUGCCACCUGGCCCGAAGAGAAGCUCGUGUACGUUUCGAGCCCGAAAUCUACAAAAUCAUCCUCCUUGGGAAGAUCACAGUAUAAAUUAUUUAAAACUUCAUGUGAGAGCUCGUCCAAUUCUCAUGCUUGGGGCCUAGUGAUCGUGACAGCUGGAUGGGAUGGGCGGAUCAAGUCUUUCCAAAACUACGGGUUACCCGCGCCCGUUUAG